UGCAGGCACCCGGGGAUACUGGGCGGUUUCUCCUGUCUCCACCCGCUGAAGUACGCUCUGGAGAAGCUAGCUAGCGCCUAUCUCCACGCAGGAGAAGAUCCGCGGCGCUCGUAGAUCUGGUCCAAGGGUCCAGGCGCUCCUGGGGAGCCGCGGAGGCCAGGCGAACCGCAGCUGAGCUGGGGACCCGGGGGCGAGCGCGCGCAGCCUUUCCAGGCGAAACGCAGCGCACAGCGCCCGGGCGGUGCCCAGCAUGGAGUGGGAGCUGAAUCUGCUGCUCUACCUGGCGCUCUUCUUCUUCCUGCUCUUCCUCCUGUUCCUCCUGCUCUUCGUGGUCAUCAAGCAGCUGAAGAACUCGGUGGCCAACACAGCCGGGACGCUGCAGCCCGGGCGCCUGUCACUGCACCGGGAACCGUGGGGUUUCAAUAACGAGCAAGCGGUGUAACCCAGCGCUGGGCUGGUCUCAGCUCCGGAGGGGAUUCAGAUCUACGUCAUCUGGACCCAGGCUGGUACCCUUGACUCCGAUCACAGCCCUGCAAAGUUGGACAGUGGCUGGUGGAAAUCUUCUCGAGAAAGGCCAUCCCUUUCAUAUACGGAGGAAGUCACUCUGUGCUCAGAAAUGCUACCUCUCUUCCUGCAACUCCACUGUCAAUCCAGGAAUAUCCUGGGAGAUCGCCACUGGAGCUGCUUCUCCUCACAGCCUACGUACUGGCCAGCAGAGGGAGAAGAAACACUUCCCACACCCAGCGCUGUGCAAAAGAACUCUCUGUGAUGGGGAACUGUUCUAUAUCCGUGGUGCCCAAGGCGGCAACCGCUAGUUACAAGUGUCUAGUGCACACUGAAAUAUGGCUAGCGGGGCUUACAUCUUACUUCGUUUCACCCGAGACAGCCACAUGGAGAGGGUGGCUUUUGUAUGCACUGUUCGUCCCGUUCCCUUGUGUGUGUGUUUUAGAGUCAGAAGGGGAGGAGGCAGCUGCUUGUGUGCUCCACACCCCAUGGGCUUCACUGCUCUUCUUGCAGUGAGUUUGUCUCCUUGAGGAAAAAGAAAAUUAGUAUGUUGGAAACUAAAUUGAAAAUGUUAUUAUCUACCUAUUGCAUGUCUUCUUGUACCAAAUGGAAUAGGUUUUAGUGACACGUGAUCAUGGAAAAAAAUGGCAGGGCUGAUCCACCAUAUCUCAUGACCCCAGUCCAUGUUCCUGACAGGGGUCAUUUUUUUUUUCAAAUAUUUGUUUGUUUCUUAUGUGAACAGUAUUCUGCCUCUGUGUCUGGACCUCUCUGGAAGAGCAGCCAGUGCUCUUAACCACUGGGCCAUCUCUCCAGCACGGCAGAGGUCAUUUUGUCUUGUAUUGUUUAUUCCAUUUUAGUUUACUUUUUAUUAUCGUAAAUGCCAAAUGAUUAUUUUGUGUAUGUUUUUCAAGAUACCUAAUGGUUUAUAUUUUUUAAAGUUGUGAAAUAAACAUGAUAAUUACAAGUAGCUCAGGUUUUUUUGUGUGAUUUUUAGUAACUUGUAAUUAUCCUAACUUGGUUGUCUAAAAUUAGGAUAUGGUUAAUAGAGGAAAAGAGAUAUUGAUUUUUAUAUGAUUUCCCUUUUAACAGAUGACCUUAUAUGCCAAUGAAUGUUACCUUUCAAAAUCAUUAAGCGAUUCUUCUGUUAUGUUUGAAGUUUGAGUAGAAUAUAUUGUCUCCACGUUUGCUGUUUGGGCUGUUGUGUGGCGCCGUGGGAACUGUUAGUGUCCCAGGCAUACUCCUUUCACAGACACAGAGAUUUCCUCCUCCUGUGGCUAAUCUAUGGAUAUAUUUGGAAAUGUUCUAAUGAUAUGUUUUUAAUUGUGAAGUUUUAAAUGUAUUCACCUUUUGUUCGUUGCUUUCUGUGUCCUCUUUUGAAGACAUUUGCCUAUCUUGCCCUUACCCAGGUUACCAAGAACAUUCUGUUGUGUUUUCUUCUGCACUAGAAGUACAGUUUUUUGAUUUUCGAGGCAGAGUUUCUCUAUGUAGCCCUGGCUGUCCUGGAACUCACUCUGUAGACCAGGCUGGCCUCAAAACUCACAGAGAUCCACCUGCGUCCCUCUGCCUCCAGAGUGCUAGGAUUAAAGGCGUGCACCAGACCUGGCUUAGAGGUAUAGUUUUUUGUUUUUAUUUUUCAAGACAAGGUUUCUCUGUGUAGCUUUGGAGCCUGUCCUGUAACUCCCUCUGCAGACCGGGCUGAACUCCCAGAACUCCACCUGCCUCUGCCUCCCCAGCACUGGGAUUAAAGGCGUGUGCCACCACUGCCUGGCAGAAGUACACUUUUAAUUUAUACUAAGUUUAUUAUUUAUCUUGAAUUGAAUUUUGUAUAUGGUAUGUGGUAAAGGAUGAUUUUCCCUUUUUCUAUAAAUAAACAAGCUUUCCUCAAAAUUUCCCCUUUUUGUUCCUCCUUUCUAUCCUCCUCCCUCUCUCCCUCCUUUUCUUCUCUUUCCUUCUCUCCCUCUUCCUUCCCUCCCUUUUUCUCCCCUCCCUUCUUUAUCUAUUGAACAGACAUUACCUCCGCCUUCAUCAACAUCCAAUGGGAAAGAGUGGCUGUCUUCCUGGGUCUUUCCUGUUCUACGGGACCCUCCCUGCAAAUGCCAGUGUCUUAGCUCCAUAGUAAGUCUGGUCAUUUAUGUACGUAUCAUGACUGGGGUUAUUAAAACAGGCUCCUAGUCACAGGCUGGAGGUACCCACCAGGAAGCCAGAAUACGUGGAACUGAAAUAGAAUUAGUAAGAAAACCCCAGUGAAGGCCAGGCUUCCUUCACUUAAAACUGAGUCCUGGUCUGGGGUGUUUCUGGGUUAAGGAGGAUGCCUCACUGUCCUGUUGGUCGUGGCAAACAAGAAGGCCCCCCUUUUCUCUCGGUUCCAAGCCCUGAACUCAGAGCUCAGUGAUGAAAAGUGUCUGCACUGUGGUUCACUGAGUCUACGCAGCAAACUUUGCUCACUCCGUCUAUGAGUACCGUUCCCCACAUCUGUGCCAUCUGCACUGAUUUGCAUCAUGCUUAGUUAAAGAUAACAGGCAGUAUCUUACCUUGCUGGAUAUUUAUAAAAGUGACUGAAGACAGAAUGGUGUCCAGGAAGGGGAUAUGUGUUUAUGUUUCUACAAACAGAGCACAUGUGUCUACUCUCCCUUCUGAGCAACUUCUCUUCCGGAAGCACGGGGUAUUGAGGAACGCUUUGUUAUUAUUGGAAAUGUUUUAAAGAUAUAUUCUUAAUUGUGAAGUUUUAAAUGUAUUCACCUUUUUUUUCGUUGCUUUCUGUGUCCUCUUUUGAAGACAUUUGCCUAUCUUGCCCUUACCCAGGUUACCAAGAACAUUCUGUUGUAUUUUCUUCUGCGCUAGAAGUACAGUUUUUUGUUUGUUUUUUGAUUUUCGAGGCAGAGUUUCUCUAUGUAGUCCUGGCUGUCCUGGAACUCACUCUGUAGACCAGGCUGUCCUCAAAACUCACAGAGAUCUCUUAGCGUGAGCAUCGGUCAUUUCUCUCUAUUUUUUGUCAGCUGCCCACGUUUGCAGCAUUCUUUGGUUCUUCAUUGGUCGUUUUAUGAUAUGUUCUCUUUGUUUGUUUAGGUAUGGUCUCAGUCUGUAGCAUAGACUGGCCUUCGAUUAUGGUGAUCCCGCCUCACUCUCCUACCUUAGCUUCCUGAGUGCUGGAAUUACAGGCAUGAGCCACCAUGCCCUGCAUGGCCACCAAAAUGUUAAAGACCCUUUUGAUGUGAAAUAUACAUCUAUACAUUCAUGCACAUACUUAUAUUUUAAAAUCUAAAUGGAAAACUAUAUGCACAUUUUUAAGUUUGUUUUUAAGAUGAAUCAAUCAUUCCAUAUUCAUUUAUUUAAUCCAUAUUGACUGAAGACCUAGUUGUAACUCUUGUUAUUUAAGCUUGAUUCAUAAGCAAAGAAGACAGCAGUUCUUUGCUCAUGGGGCUGCUUCUAGUGUACACACGUGGCCGCGUCUAGUGUACACACAUGGCUGCAUCUAGUGUACACACAUGGCCACUUCUAGUGUAAACACGUGCCUGUUUCUAGUGCACACAUGUGGCCCCUUAUAGUAUACACACAUGGCCGCUUCUAGUGGACACACGUGGCUGCUUCUAGUGUACACACGUGGCCCCUUCUAGUGUACACAUGAACCUAUUUCUAAUGUACACACGUGGCUGCUUCUAGUGUACACACAUGGCUGCUCCUUUCUAAUGAUGUCAUAGCAGCUCAGGUAAAAGAAUCAUUUGUUCCACCGACUCUUUCUUUUUUUUUUUUGAUUUUUCGAGACAGGGUUUCUCCGUAGCUUUUGGUUCCUGUCCUGGAACUAGCUCUUGUAGACCAGGCUGGCCUCGAACUCACAGAGAUCUGCCUGCCUCUGCCUCCCGAGUGCUGGGAUUAAAGGCGUGCGCCACCACCGCCCGGCCACCGACUCUUUCUUAAUGUACAUGUAGCUGUCUAGGCUUUUGCCAUUUUCGGUAACACCACAUGACCCUUUGAAAUAAAUCUGUGAUUGGAAUAUGUAUAACUACAGAAUAAAAUACUAGAUGUGACAUUUCUGGGUACAUGCAGUCUACUUUUUUAUUUUGUUUUUAUUUAUUUUGAUUUAUUCUUUAAAUAGUUUUCAUAGUUUUG